AUUUACAUCAUGAAUUUGUUGGAACCACACAUUAAGUGUUCAACACAGAGGAGUCGGGCUUUGACAACUGCACAGACUGUGUGCAUUGCCCUGAGAUUCUUUGCGAGUGGCACUUUCCUUUAUACUAUUGGAGACGCAGAGAACUUAGUGAAAAGUGCUGUCUGUCGUGCCAUUCGCAAAGUUUACCUAGCACUCAAGCAGUUUUUAGGGGUUUUUGUGGUAUUCCCAAGCCACUUAAGACCCCAGGUUGUAAAGCAGAAUUUUUUCGCUAUUGCAGGUACAUUUAUAAUCGUUAAUGACAUGCAAUCAUGACCAUGCCAAAAAGUAUGACUAACAGUAUGUGUCAUUCAGGCUUCCCUAACGUGAUUGGUGCCAUAGACUGCACACACAUCCCCAUCAAGGCCCCACCUGGCCCAAAUGAAGGAGAUUUUGUGAACCGAAAGGGGGUUCACAGUGUAAAUGUGCAGAUGGUGUGCGACUCUAUGUUCCAUAUUACAAAUGUGGAAGCAAAAUGGCCAGGAUCAGUGCAUGACUCAAGAAUUUUCAGAGGGUCACAUUUAUGCACAUUAUUUGAACGUGGGGAUUUUGAUGGGAUCCUGCUUGGAGACAGGGGCUAUGCCUGCAGGCAGUAUUUUAUGACGCCCUUCCCUGACCCAAACCCUGGACCACAAACUGUUAAUGCAGCUCUAGCCAGGACAAGGGCACGCAUUGAAAUGACCUUUGGGCAACUAAAGGAAAGAUUUCAGUGUCUGAAAACUCUGAGGGUUGCACCUGACAGGGCCUGUGACAUAAUUGUUGCAUGUGCCAUAUUGCAUAACAUCGCCACUAUCAGAAAGGAGAGGAUCCCUUUGGUGGGGGUGCAGCCUGAUGAUGACCCCCAGCCAGUGCACUUGGACCAACCUAGUGGCAGAGCUGCACGGGACAGAAUUGUGGAACACCAUUUUUUGAAUGUGUAA